UAUAAUGUACUCCCAUUCAACUGUCUGUUCUCUUCAAAAUACUAGUCUCAAUUCCCCACCCAAAGGGUAUCAACUAUCAGAAUUAAAACGCAUGCGUCGAGACGCCGACUUAUUCGUUGAGCAUGUAUCCGUAUCCCUCCAGCGGGUUGAUAUCACGUCUGUAUCAUAUUCGGCAGCCGCACGCGGUUCCGAACGCAAGUGUAGUGCAAGCUCCCCCGAAGCUCUUGUUGAACCCCAUCAUCUCGCUAUCCGCAAGCCCAUCAAGUCAAACAAAGUAAACCGUUAGAUCGCAAAUUAUGAAAUGUGGCUUAACUAUCAAAAAUGUGCAUCGAAAUAGUGAAAAGUGAUUCGAGUUGACAGUGAUGCAUGACAAUAGCAAUGCUCACACUUCCUGGUCCAUGAUAUGGUACUCGCUGUCAUCAUCAUCUUCAUAACCAGUUGAAUUUACCCAACACCGACCAGCACAGCGAUCCAUCCGAGAACUUCCAUCAACUCAGUGCUAGGGCCAUCGUCUCUCCAAACAAUUCCGAAGAAUCUGCUCACCAAUCAUGAACUCAACCUCAGACUCGGACUCAGCCCUAGACUACCGGUGUGGACCGGGUCUGGACAGUCUUCAUCAGGAGUACGUCAAGGUCCAUGGCUGGGCAAGUCUUCUCGUCUGCAUCUUCGGUUUAAUCGCAAAUACCCUGAACAUCGCAGUCCUUUCGCGGCGUGAGAUGUCAUCACCCACCAAUGCCAUCCUGACGGGUCUCGCUGUAGCGGAUCUUCUCGUAAUGCUUGAAUAUAUUCCUUACGCGAGUCACAUGUACCUGUAUCAUCGUUCAAGAAAGGACACCUACAGCUACGGGUGGGCAGUGUUUGUCCUGGUCCACUCGAUCUUCACUCAAGUCUGUCACACAAUAUCCAUUUGGUUGACAGUGACAUUAGCCAUUUGGCGGUACAUCGCUGUUGAAUAUCCCCAGAGUAAUCGCCAGUGGUGCAGCUUCAGGAGGACAGUUCUGGCAAUUGCUGGUGCUUAUAUAAUAUGCCCAUUGAUAUGUUUACCCGUGUACUUCACCACCCAAGUGACAUCAAAAAUUGAGACCCUGAAUAGUCAGGGUAAUUCGGUCAACGUGAGUGUCUACAACGGAACAGAAAUGCUUAAGAAUGAAACAUUAUGGUUCGUUCAUUUAAGUGAGACCAUGAAGACUCAUGGAUUAUUAAACUUGAUGAACUUGUGGAUGUAUAGUGUUGUCAUUAAGCUGGUACCAUGUUUGGCCCUGACAAUUUUCAGCUUAAGGCUAAUUCUUGCGCUUCUCAAGGCCAAGAAGAGGCGAAAAUUAUUGACGAGUAGAAAUGUCUUCAAGAGUAGUGAAGAAAAUGUGGUGGACAAUAUCUGUGAUAUAAAAGCGUGUCGGAAGAAAUCAUCGAGAAUACUGGAGAAGGAGCGCCAGACUGAUAGGACAACAAGGAUGCUUCUAGCGGUUUUACUACUAUUUUUACUCACUGAAUUCCCGCAGGGGGUCCUCGGGUUACUCAGUGUCAUUCUCGGGACCGGAUUCUUUAGGACUUGUUACGUGAAACUAGGUGAAAUGAUGGACAUAUUGGCUUUGAUAAACUCAGCCAUAAACUUCAUCCUUUAUUGUGCCAUGAGUCGACAAUUUCGCACAACAUUCCACCAGCUUUUCUGCACCUGGAAGUUAUUGGGGAGAUGGCUGCCGGUAGCACAGCAUCUCGAUAACAACGGGCUCACCGCCACGACGCAUACUGUGACACAAGUAACGCAAGUUUAGCAUAGGCAUAACCAACGAACAUAUGGCUAUACGCUAUAGAGACCGUGAGGGAAUUGGACGACACGUAUCAAAGAGAAAGAAGCUUUUAAAUUGUUUCUUCUUUCUGAAACAGAAAGCAUCAAACGGCAAAAUGGUAAAAUGUUUUGAUUCCAGAAGUUUUGGGAACAAAAUCUAAUUUAUAGUUCUGGAAAGCAAUCCAACGAAAAUAAACGAAACGAUAACAGAAUAGAUAAAAAAUCAUGUGGAUGAAAGUUACGAGACACAUGUCUACCAGAGUAUUGUCAUAAAAUUUAUAUGAUUUAUAUGAUGUUGUAGAACAAAUUAAAUAUACAGGAAGAAUCCACGAUUGAAAAAAAUCCGAAAAUCGAAAAUUGGCCUUCCGAAUCUUGAGUAUAAAAAUAUAAAUGAAUACGUUCAGCACAAUAAACAAUAGCUCAAUCCAGUAAUUAAAAUAAACUUCCAAAUAGAUGUCAAAUAUCACAAUCUAAAAAUUUCUAUUGGGUCGCCAGAGGAAUUUCCAUAGAAAACUUAUUCACUUGACCACGAUCUUUUAAUUUUCAUGCCUUUGGAGAACACACACAAUUACCAAUGAAUUUAACACCAAUUAUCGACUGAAUGCCCUGUUACCCACAUAAAAUAGUCAAUCGAAUACUGCAAUUCUAUUUACCCAAAAUUUGCAGGGAAAUUCUGGCGGAAAUUCGGUCAAUGAAUUAACAAUAAUUUUAAUGAUCGUCAAUUAUACUCCAUUUGGAAACAUUGCUCGGUGUUCGAAUGUAAUUACGUGAUUAAAAAUUCGCAGCAAAAUUUAUUCGUCUACCGAGAAGGAUAGCAAUGAAGGCCAACAACCCAGGAGUCAGUUUUCCCCCAUUUAUAAUACAAUUCGUUAUAAAAAAAUAGGCCGGACAAAACAUAAAAAGAGAAAGAAGAAAGAAAGAAAGUCUGAUUAAUGAAACGUCGUCCUCGAAACUACGGUUGACAACCGAGAGGUGAAUCCCUAUCAACGCUUCUGUAUCUCAUUCUUCUCUCCUCCAGUAAAGGCAUCCUAAUCCCCUCCAUGGGUUAUAACUGCUCCCAACUGACCAACACAUUAUACACAUUAUUUACGAAAUGACAUUUUUUCUCUCUCUCUUUCUCGUAUUAUGAUAAAACUGGUGGAUGUAGCGAUCCCAAAAAAUGAUGAUUAAUUUCGUCCUGCCUAUCGUGAACCUAUAGUCUCCAUUCGUUGAGAUAUUGGUGACCCAGUAAUCAAAAGAAGGUCGAAAUUCACAGGGAACACAGUCGGAUAAGCUUCGCGAGAGUAUUGAGUUGUUUGUAGAAUGUGUUUGAUGUUUAUGAAGUAGGAGGGUGGAUCGCCAUAGAUAUUUGUGAAGCAAUUGAAUUUGAAAAAUAUGCUAAAUUUAUAAAAUAAUGUGUCGGCUGAAGGCCUCCAGGCGAUGGCCAGUUGCAGGUUCCCGGUAGAGCUUGCAACAAAUUUCGUUAAAAAUAAAAAUAAUCCUCUUUGUAUUUUUGUUAUGGUCCACUCUAAUGGAAUAGUAUUAAGUUAUACGGUCUUGAUAAAGGUAAAUUUAAAUCUAAAAAUGAUUUGGAUUUCCUUAUUAUAUUAUAUUAUUCGAAUAAAUGUUUCGCGUACAACGAGCUGAAUUCAUGAAUAAUCAGGAGUUCGGCUAAUUUACCCUUUAUACGCGCGAGACCUGAUUACGACAGGUUUAAUUCACCCGUUAGUUAACGACCAGUUAGUCAGUAAGGUGUAUACACUUAAAAAAAUUAUCUUGCGCAUUUCAAGUCACUGAGAGACCUAAUUGUCACAGAUGAACUUCAUCGGGAUGAAUUGACUUGCAGUCAAAUGCGAUAUUUGUAUUUUCCGAAUAAAUGAAAGGAAUUUCGGUGUAUCUACACUCUAUAAAGGAAUUUAUCUUCGUACUAAGAGAACUUUGACAGUUAUUCCACAUAUUUUAAUAAAAAUAACCUUGCAAUAACUUCAGGAUUUCAUCAAUAAUAUUUGGGAUUGCAAAAAAGAUAAAUAUGUGCGUGUAUUUAAAACAAUAUAUCCCGGAUAAAAAAUAUUCACCCUUUUAUACCCCCAAUUCAUUAAUUGAGUGCUCAUAAGUAUUCAUGACGCUAGUCAAUAAUUAAUUAAUACAGGUGGAUUGAAAUAUAUUAAUGAUGUAUUUAAUGUGAAAAUUACGAGUCUAUUAUUGAUCACUACUUGCACUCUCACAAUUUAUAAGAAAAUCUAUUGAAUAAAAUAUUUAUUAAUAUUUACUAAACGUUUUAUAAAUGGUGACUUCACAGUGUAAUCUCUAUAUGAAUUUAAUGUAAUUAUGAAUACGCUAUAUAGUAUGUUGGAUGAGUAUAUAAAUGUUGAUAUUUAUGAAGAAAUUUAUGAAGUACUAACUGUAACGUCAUUAAGUGUAAUAACCAAUUUAUUACCCUAAUGUAACAUUGAAUGUACAGAAUGGUCUUUUUCGUUUGUAAAUAUAAUAGUGUACAUAUCUAUUAUACUGAAUUAUUUAAUGUGACCGAAACAUCGAAUAUUUUCAUUGAUUUAUGAAUUCUUGUAAACUAGAAUAAAUUUUUCCAUG